AAAGUCUCAUUUUAGAAUUGAAUUCAUUUCCUCUCUUCGAAAAUGUCGAAAUCUCCAUGGGGAAAUAUCGGCGCUUGGGCCGCCGAAGCCGAAAGGGCCGAAGCCGAGGAAAAGGAACAAGCCGCUGCCGAAGCUGCUGCUGCUGCCGCUGCUCCAACCGGCGCCGGCGCCGGGAAAGACACUCAGAGUUACCCUAGCCUAAAGGAAGCCGUUAACACCAAGCAGAAGAAGAAAACCAAGAUGAGCUUACAAGAGUUCACGAUGCAGAGCACCUACACACCUGCCGGAGGAUAUGGCUCCGGAUCCACUAGCCGCUUAACUCCAGAAGAGAUGCUCCGCCUUCCCACCGGUCCAAAGGAACGAUCCGCUGAAGAAAUGCAAUAUGGUCGUCUUGGUGGUGGGUUUUCUAACUAUGGGUCCCGUGGUAUGGGCCCACCAUCCGGCCGGGGAAGAGAUCGAGAGGCUGAUGGUGACGGUUCUUGGGGUGGUAAUCGGAGGUCGUAUGGUGGAUUUGACGAUGAUCGACGUGGUCCACCUUCUAGGGGUUCCGAUUUUGAUCAACCAUCUAGAGCUGACGAGGUUGAUAAUUGGGCUUCAUCGAAGAAAUCCUUACCCAUGCAAUCACUGGAUUCCGGUUCCGCCCGUUCCAAUCGGUAUGGUUCUCUCGGAUCCGGAGAUGGAAUUUCUAGGGCUGAUGGUGAUGACAAUUGGGGUGCUUCGAAAAAGUCCAAUGUCGCCCCACCACCACAAGGGAGGCCUUGGUUCCCUGAUUCCAGGCCUGAACCAGAGCGUUGGUCUCGUGAGGCAAACCAUGAAAGGCAGAGAUUGGUUCUGGAUCCACCCAAGAUGGAGACGGGAAGUGAAAAUGUGAACGAGACUGUGGUGAAAGUGAACAAGCCUAAUCCAUUUGGGGCGGCGAGGCCACGGGAGGAGGUGUUGGCGGAGAAGGGAUUGGACUGGAAGAAAAUGGAUAAGGAAAUUGAGGUGAAGAAGGGAAUUGGAAGUAGGCCAACAAGCUCACAUUCAAGUAGGCCUGGGAGUUCACAGUCGGCCCGUUCUGAAGGCACAACAUUGCAAGGGGGAAUGGUGGAAGGUGGUGGAGUUAAAACUAAGCCGAAGGUUAAUCCUUUUGGAGAUGCAAAGCCUAGGGAAGUUUUGCUUGAAGAAAAAGGUUUAGACUGGAGAAAGAUUGAUUUGGAUUUGGAGCAUCGACGCGUUGACAGACCAGAGACGGAGGAGGAAAAGAAUCUGAAAGAAGAAAUAGAGCAGCUCAGAAAGGAAGCUACAGAGUGUUCGGAGGAGGACAAGACUAAUUUACGGAAUGUGAUUAAUCAGAAAGAGAAGGACUUGGAGCUGCUGAUCCGUGAAUUGGAUGACAAAGUCCGUUUCAGUCAGAAACCCAUUCAAAGGCCAGGCUCUGGAUCAGGCAGGGGUGCUGGACAUCCAGAUAGGAGCCUUUCUCAUCAAGCAUCUUAUGAGGACCGUAGAGCUGGUGAUCAGAUGGACAGGCCUAGAUCACGCGGUGGAGGAGAUGCAUGGGCAAGGCCAAGUGACCAAAUGGAGAGGCCUCGAUCACUUAGUGGUGCAGAUGCAUGGGCCAGGCCAAAUGAACAGGUGGAGAGGCCUCGAUCACGGGGUGGUGGAGAUGCAUGGGCAAGGCCAGGUGAUGAGAGAAGAUCUUUCCAAGGAGGCAGAGGGGGAUAUUUUGGCAGCCGAGAGUCUGAUAGGACAAGAUCUGGGGACAAAUGGUGAUGUUCAAGUACUGUGGAUUCUUUGGCCAAUAUUGCCUACUUUUUUUGUGCGCUCUGACAAAUUAGAACAGAAUAAUAUCGUUCGAGUUCCAUCUUUUUUGGGUUUUAGUUUUGCUGCAAGGAUGAUGCUAGAAUUACCGAGUGUUGAUACGAGCGUUUUUGCAGUGGUUAAUUGUCCCAUGUCAAAGUUGUGUAAAAGUGCAUUUUUCCUCCAUUUCUCUUUGGAGGCAGGGUACCUGUUUUGUUUAUUGCUCAAAACAACUAAUGUAACGUGGAAUUGUGCUCAUACUUUUUUAUCCUAAUCUUUUUAGUAGGGAGAAACCUUUUAAAAGCUCUGCUUUUUUAUUCAAACAAUGGUUCCCAUGUAUUUAAUUUUUUGUGCUUGAUGUUCUAUGAAUGAGCCAUUUAAGCAUUUACCUA